CGGGAGUGGAUGUGAGUUGGAUGACAGUCGGGCUGUGAUCAGCGUGAGGAAGAGCACACCGGGAUUAACAGCAUCGGGAUUAAGAUUAGGAUUAGUGCUGAUCAGGAUGCUGCGCUUUCCGUCGCUGCUUGUCCUCUGGCUCGCGCACUUCGUUGACGAGCAUCGAGUUCACGCUGGGAAUUGUUGGUACGAGCAGGGGAAGAACGGCCGCUGUCAGAUGCUUUACCUGUCUGAAAUCAGCCGAGAGGACUGCUGCAGGAGCGAGAGGCUCGGGAUGGCAUGGACCGAGGAGGACGUUCCCAGCAACACAUUAUUCCGGUGGCUGCUGAUCCACGGCGGUGCGCCAAACUGCAUACCGUGUAAAGAGACGUGUGAUAAUGUGGACUGUGGUCCUGGGAAGAAAUGCAAACUGAACCGAAGGAACAAACCACGCUGCGUGUGCGCUCCAGACUGCUCCAAUAACACAUUUAAAGGCCCGGUGUGCGGCUCGGACGGGACCACAUACCGCAACGAGUGCGCUCUCCGCAGAGCCAAGUGCAGGAGAUACCCCAACCUGGUGGUCCAGUACCAGGGGAAGUGCAAGAAGACGUGUAACGAUGUGCACUGCCCAGGAAGCUCGUCUUGUGUGGUGGAUCAGAACAACAACGCCUACUGCGUCAUCUGUGAGCGUGUGUGUCCUGAAGUGACUUCACCUGAGCAGUACCUGUGUGGGAACGAUGGCAUCGUUUACCCCAGUGCCUGCCAUCUCAGACGAGCCACGUGCAUUCUGGGAAGGUCCAUCGGGGUCGCCUAUGAGGGCAAGUGCAUAGACGCCCACUCGUGUGACGACAUCCGCUGUCCAGACGAAAAGAAGUGUCUGUGGGACACGAGGACGAGUCGUGGACGAUGCGCCGCAUGCGAGGACGAGUGUCCUGAGAGUCAACCCGGAGAGAGCGUGUGUGCCAGCGACAACGCCACCUACCGCAGCGAGUGUGAGAUGCAUCGGGCCGCCUGCUCGCGAGGCCUCGUCCUCGAGGUCAAACACACUGGCUCCUGUAACUGUAUUUAUAUGGAUCUCGUGUGACACUUUAACUGACUACAGGCAUCGAAUUAUGACUCUUCUGAAGGCGUCCACCACUGACUCAUCCUUCCAGAUGUACGCGGAUCCUGACCUGCGUCAUCACCUGAACCAGGCAACGAAUCGACGUUUCAGAUGUGUUUUUAUGGGAAGGAACAGAAUCGAUCAUUGUUAAAAAAAAUAAAAAAAAACAUAAAAAACAACAAAAAACUUUUCUUCCCUUCUGAAGCCAUGAGCUCCUGCGCUGCUGUGUUCCUCGGCAAGCAGAGAGAGAGAGGAUGAAGACGAGGAUUAGGAUGAAGGUAGACGGAUCGUCGUGACUCCGGAGUCAGUAUUCAGACUGUACAGUGACAUACGCGCUAAUUUAUUUUCCAGAAGAAUUUGAAAAAGGAAAAAGUAAAAAUAAAUAAAAAAUAGAGGAAGAUUUCAUAUAGCCGUCUUCUAGAUGUUUAUUUAUACGUUACUUUUUAUUUAUACACUUAUAAAACGUCCGACUGAAUUUUAUCUUUUAUCUCGUGUAUAAUAUCCACAGAAAAAAAAGCAGCAUUAUUUAUUUAAAAGGUGCAAUGUGAUGUACAGAGAACUGAAACUCCUGAACAUUUUAUUUCCUCCAGCGUCACCCUGUGUGUGUGUGUGUGUGUGUGUGUGUGUGUGUGUGUGUGUGUGUGUGUGUGUGUGUGUGUGUUAGUUUCCUUCUUUUUCUAUUUUACUUAUUUAUUUUGUUUACUUAUUUACUUUCCAUCUUCUUCCCUUUCUUUUUCCUUUUCUUCUUUUUCCUUCUGUCCAAAUUGUUACCUUCCUCUAUUCCAUCUUCCGUUUGUUUUCAUUUUUUCUUUCCUCUCCUUCUUUCCUACAUUUUUUCUUUCCUUCCUCCAUCUUUCUUUUCUUUUUUUAUCUCU